AUGGCGGAGAACCGUCUCAAAAUCCGUAUCUGCCGCAUUUUCCGAUCACCCCUCGGCUCAUGCAAAUCCAAAGAUCAAAUCUCUGACGUCAUUGAGACCCAUCACGGCCGCCAACACUACCAGUUGGUCGAGCUCUUCUCCCCACAACCUCGUAGCCCAUUCAGCUUCUCACCAUUAAUGCCGGAAAAAAGCUAUUUCUUGAGAAGCAAACUCCAUUUUUUUUCCUCUGAUGUGGACGGUCGGAAAUGCCCACCAGCUUCUCCCAUCAUCUCACCUCUCUAUGGAAUUCCCAAAGAGAAGAAAAAGCCCACAAACAAGAAGAAGGGCCGCUCCAUAGCGUACAACAAGAAGUAUUCAGGAUUUGCACAGUUCCCGGAAUGCAAGUACAAUGGGUUGUUCAGCAGCGAUGAAGAAGAAGAAGAGGAGGAUGACAGGGCAAGUUUUCUUCCCUCGACGGGCACACGGCGGAGGACGGCGGCUGAGCCAGCGGUGCAAGACAGCUUGGCGGUGGUGAAGCGCUCGAGUGAUCCCUACAGUGAUUUCAGGACAUCCAUGGUGGAAAUGAUUGUGGAGAAACAGUUGUUUGAAGCAAAAGAUUUGGAGAAUUUGUUGCGCAGUUUUCUGUCUCUAAACUCUUAUCAUCAUCAUAAAGUCAUCAUUCAAGUCUUUUCUGAAAUCUGGGAAGCUCUUCUUCUGUAA